AUGAACAACAACUACAAAAGUAAUGACAGUGGAGAACGGAAUUCUCCGAAUCGGCUGACAACUGUGAUAAAUACUGAAAAUAGAAGUCAAGAAAACAAUGAUAGGGAAGGAAAUAAUAUAGAAGAAGUAGAACGUAUGGAUGAAGAUGUUCGAAGUACUGAAGAUGCCAGUAACAAUAGAGAUAGUCCGUCAUCUUCUGAAGAUGAAAUUGUUUGGGGGUCCAAUCCAGACUGGUUAGAAGAAGGAUCCGAUUGUUCUAGUUCUGGAGGUGAAGCGAAUAAUGAUGGAUCUCGUCCAGGAGGGCCUAACUCUCCUAAUGUCAUAUGGAUUCCAAAGCCUAAACAUAAAUGGUUUGUCAUAAAAGAAAUUGCCAAAAGGGAGAUAGGGGAUUUUCGCCAUCCAGCUUCUUUCACUCAGAGAUUUUAUGGCUCACUUCAUGCCGUUCAACGCCUUGAACUAAUGUAUAAAUUGGAAAAACAUGAAGGUUGUGUUAAUGCUAUCAAUUUUAAUUCUUCCGGAACGAGACUUAUUUCUGGUUCAGAUGAUAAAUUAAUUGCCGUUUGGAAUUGGACUGUUGGAAAGUGCCUUACAACAUUCAACUCAGGGCAUUCUAGCAAUGUUUUUCAGUGUAAAUAUCUACCAUUGACUGGGGACGGCCACAUUGUAACUUGUUCUCGUGACGGUCAAGUAAGACUUGCUUUACAAACGAGUAACGGUGGUUAUGAAAGUUCUCAAGCCCUCGCUCAUCAUAGCCGAGCCUGCCAUAAAAUAUCUAUUAUAAAACAGGAACCCCAUGUCGUCCUUUCCGCUGGUGCUGAUGCUCAGGUGUUCUGUAUCGAUGUUCGAGAAAAGAAACCAAACAGAUUAAUGUACGUUAAGGAAGGCUCAAGCAGAAUUAGUCUGUACAGUAUAAAUGUCAAUCCUAUGGAAUCAAAUGAAUUCUGUAUUUCUGGUGAAGAUUUAUAUAUCAGACUUUACGAUAGGAGGUUUAUAAACAGAACUGGUGUUCCGAAAAGCAAAUAUUCUCCAACAUUUUUAAAGGAUAAGUCAGUUUACGUUACCUGUGCAGUGUUUAAUUAUAAUGGUACCGAAGUGAUUGGCUCUUAUAACGAUGAUGAUAUAUACAUGUUUGAUACAAAGCAACCUUCAGGUUCUAAUUAUAUUCAUAGGUAUGAAGGCCAUCGAAAUUCUGAAACAGUCAAGGGGGUUAAUUUUUUUGGACCCAAAAGUGAAUUUGUAGUGUCUGGUUCAGACUGUGGAAAUAUUUACAUUUGGGAUAAAAAUACGGAGGCCAUAGUUCAGUGGAUGCGAGGGGACGAAGAUGGAGUGAUAAACUGCCUGGAACCUCAUCCUAAGAUACCUGUCCUCGCUACAAGUGGUCUAGAUUCGGACAUAAAAAUAUGGGUUCCUUCUUGUGAAAAUGAGCCAUCGUUAGCUGGUUUAUCAAAGACUGUAAAAAUAAACAGAAAAAAGCGGUUUUGUCGCGCAAAUGGUUCCAGAGUUUCAUUAAAUGAUACUCUAGUUAGAUGGUGGCGCCAAAUGCGUUACAUUCAAAGGCAUCAGAACUUGAGAGAAGGCGCGCCCAUUUUUAUUGAAAUAGGUACGAUUGGAAGAUCUUUCGCAAUACCUAACGAAGACGAUUCUUCUUCUGCAAGCUCCUCUUCCUCUUCCUCUUCCUCAAGCAGCUGCUCAGACUAG